AUUUCAGGAGGAUGAUUAUCACUUAUUUGAAGAAUGUUCGAUGAAUGCGGAAUAAUAGUUUAAUCGUGAAGCGAGGAAAAAUGGAGGCGCUUGUAUGAUUGAUUACUAUUAAUUUGAUCAUAUGAUUUCGUUGAAUCAUGGGUAUUAUCAAGGCUGAACAGAUGAUUUGGGUUGCAAAAAAGGAGGAAUUAAUUCUGUGGGUUUUUAAUUAUUAACGAUCGAAAACGACUGUUUUAUACACACGUGCGGAAAGGGCUUUGAUAAAGUAGCAAAUCCCACAAGUAUCAUCGGAACGUUGAAUGGAUUAUCACUAGAAACAGAUUUAAUUUCUCCGGAAGCAAAUCCUGUGUAUGGUACCGAUCUAGUAUGGGAGGCAGCGAAAACAACUCUUCGAAAGAUGCGGUCAGGACAAGAGCCAUUGAAACUCGAAUGUAUCGAAUUCAAAGAGAAUGGCGUAAAGGAAAAGAUUGGGUACUUGUUGUUGAGCCUGCGAUCAGCGCAAAUUGUUCCCCGGGGGUAUGAGAGUACCAUUAAGAUGAAUUGGCAUAGGCUACUGGGGCUCAGGAACGAUGUGAAAGGUGAUAAGCCUGAAUUUUUACUCUCAUUGACCAUUGAGGACCGGGAUACUAGAGAGGUUGGGUCUUCAGAGAAAAUAGAAGAAGAACCGAAUAAAUUAAUCGAGAUGAAUGACCUUCCUGUACCGUACGUAAUUUCUGAAGAAAGAUUGAUUCAACUCGGUCCCAUAACGACUAGCAGAGAAUUAUUUUCAUUGAAUAUCUUGACUGGAAUAACUGCCAAUCUUCACCUCAUCGUCCCCAAACCCACAUCUCCAAACAGCCCAACCAAACUCCUCACCUUUUGGUACAAAAUCCUGGACAAUGAACUCCAGUCCAAACCGUUUACGAUGGACUCCACCGUCUUCUCCCUGAAUGAGAAGAUCAUCAUGAGAAUAAGGAGUUCCUUCCCAGUGUUACAAAUUUACGUAGAGAAAAACCCCAAUUUUCUUGUGGUUCUCAAGUGCGGAGAAAGUGUAUUAGGGGAGUCAGAGGUGGAUUUGAAGGGACUUUUAUCAGGGGGUAGUUCAGGACAAUGGGUGGAUAUACCAGGGGGCAAAGAAGCCCUUCUGAAUAAACGAUGCUUCCUGAAGACUCUGGAUAGAAGAGAUGAGACUGAUAAUGCGGACGAGAAACCGUAUCUUGAUUUGCAAUUGGUUCUUACGCGGUUCGGCAAUCAGGGCGAUGAAGUGCAUGUGAAUUCCCUUCCCAAUAAUUCUUCUUCGACUACUAAACACAUAGAAACGAUAAUGGAAAAGCAAUGUGUUACAAUGGGUCAUCAAAAUCCUCCUGAUGACUCAGCCAAGCAUUUACGUAGUGUGCAUGAAACGGACUGUACAAGCAAGAUGAAUCAUUUUUCCAACUCUGAAAUACUUCAAGACCAACCACGAAAUACGAUAACACACUCGUGGAGUGAGAAGGAUGUUACAAAAAACGUUGAGGCAUAUCAUUGUUAUUGUCUCCACGUUGCACUGAAUUCUAUGACACUGCAAUCACAAUUGAUAAAAAAUAUUGAAUUCAGGUUCCAUCAUCCAAAGGCUGAAGUUAUGUCCACACUUUAUCCGAAAAUGCCAGUGAGAAUGGGUGAGACGUUGAGAUUACAGGAUAUUGGUUGUAAACUCCACUUUAUCUCCUCAGUUGAGGACAUCAAACACUUGCUGGUGACCUAUCCGCCGAGGAUAAGUAUUCGGGAUGAGGAAAGGAUAGAAAGAAGCUGUUUGGGUCAGGCUAUCCUUGACGUGAACCGAAUUUUCAAUGAUUCAGAAUUGAAAUGUCAAUAUGAGGCGCUUUUAUUCGAUUCUAGUCGCAAUGAAAUCGGUUCUGUACAAGUACAGAUGCGCUUGGUCGAUCAUGGGCCAUAUUACAGGACGACCAAGACCAUUUGGAGUGAAAAUUUGGGACCGCCAGUUCUAGACGAUUCUCUAGCAUCAAAAAUAGUAGACGAAUUGGAGACGUGGAAGGAGCGACAGCAGGAGAUGUUCAGAGUGGAAUUAAAAUGGAAAGAAGAACGACAUCUGAAUCUAUUGAGCGAAGAAUGGCAGAGGAGAAGGGAAUCAUUGGAGUCCCAACUAGCUUGUAGUGUAGAACAAUGUAAAAUCUUAGCUAAUAAUUUAAACAAGGCCACUGACGAUCUGAGAACGAGGAGAAUACAUAGCAUGGAAAAAGAGGCACAGCUGUUGAAGACGAAUGAGGAGUUGCAGUGGACAUACGAUAGAAAAUUGAGAGAUCUGAAGGACGCAUCGGAGAGGAUGCGGGAGGACUGCGCUUCAAAAUUAUCUCGACUCGAAGAUGAGAAGAAGAACUUUGAGGAACAGAUAUCAGAGUUGAGAAAUGAGAAUACUCGACUGCAGAAGACCAUUUCUAAGCAGAGUGAGCAGCUCACGGAGUACCAGAAGGGAGGUUUUACAUCUGAAGAAACGGAGAAUCUUGUGGAGCAGAUGAAGAGUCUUGAAUAUAAAUUCAAUAAUGCCAUGAAGAGCAAGACGUUUUUUAAGGAGCAAUGGGGAAAGGCUGUGAGAGAGAUUCACAAGUUAAAGAUGGAGCAUCAACAGGCCUUGGAAGUGCAGAUUAAAUCAAGCAGAGAGGAGCUUAAGAAUAUUGACUUAGAACAAUUACUUCAAGCAGAUUCGGCAGCCCUUUCCAACGACAAAAUUCUCCUCGAUGAAAUUCAACGAGAAAUAAAUGUAAUAAGACCAAAGCCCUCUUAUGUGAUUAAUGCUGAAGAGUUCAAAAAUCUUUAUGACUCUUCUUCUCGAUCAAACGUAGACUACGGAAGACAACAGCACACCAGGGAAUCGAGUGAACAAGAGAAAAGAUUACGACAAUUAAUUGAAGAGCGCGACACAUUAUUGAAGACUGGAAGCUAUAGUACUGAGGAUGCAAUAAUAAUUAGACUAAAUUCGGAAAUACGAUCUUUAUUGAUCCCUCGUUGACAUACUGUACUCAUCUUUUAUAAAGUAAGUUAAUAAUAUAUCUUUGUAUUUAUUGAUGUUUUUAAGCAGCGCGAAACUGCAAAAUUUACUCACACUUCUAUUUCCUUUACCGUUCAAUAGUUUACGACGUUUUGAGAUAUUUAUAGCGCUAUUUACGACGUGUUUGUGCGGUGUUUUGAAAAUUUUUUAAUGUACUGCAGAAGAUAAGUGCAUCAUGAACCGGAGAAAAUUGCGAGUUAAUGUUCAGCAAAAGAAUAAAAUAUAGUGCUGGACAUUACAGUACUAUCUUGAAAUAACACAUUUUUAUUUUCUUUUAAUAAUACCAUAAUGUGGAAAAACGAUAAAUUAAAGUUAUUUAAAUUCAAUUGCGGAACCGAAAUUUCAAUUCCAAUUUCCCAAAUCUCAUCAAAAAUAUCAGCUAGAUGUUCGUCCCAUUAUUU